AUGCAGUUGGUUGAUCUUCCUUGUGUUGGAGGUAGAUUCGUAUGGUUCAAUGGUAGUGGUAAUGCAAUGAGUCAUAUUGACAGGUUCCUUUUAUCUGAUCUUUUGAUUUCAUUGUGGAACAUUUCUGUGCAGUGGAUAAGACAAUGUGAUAUGUGGGUGAAGAUGGACCUGAAAGAAGAUUUGUUAAGGAAUAAGUUGAGACAAUUGUGGCUGAAAGAGGGGGAUAGUAACUCUCAUUUCUUUCAUAAUUCCAUAAAGGAGCGUCAACGGAGAAAUUUCAUCAUGGUGAAGAAUGUUGAAGACCAAGUUGAGGAGGAUGUUAAAAGGGUCAAAAUUGAGAUUAAGAGUUAUUUUGAGAAUUUCUUUUAUGAUAGUAAUGUAGAAAGACCGGUUCCAUGUGGAGUGCGUUUCAAUAGUCUGAACGUUGUGGAUAGAAGGUUCUUGGAGAGUGAGUUUACGGAAGAAGAGAUCAAGGCUGCUGUUUAG